AUGGUACUGAAGCAACCCACGACAAUUAAUGCAGAGCUGUUGCAGUGUGAGUGUAAGAGAAACUGGCUCGCCUACAAAAACAACUGUUACUACUUCUCCCAAUACGCCCAGAAUUUUAAGAAGGCUGAACGCCUCUGUUUGGGACGUGAAAGCAACCUGACCAGCAUUCAAGACACCGAUGAGAGGGACUGGCUGAUCAAAACUCUGGACAAAACCAAACAGGUACCGUGGAGCAUCUGGAUGGGCCUGAAGUACAAAUCAAGAGCCUGGAAGUGGACUGAUGGAAGUCGUUUCAACAGAUCCGUGGCGUUCUGGGGGGAGGAUCAACCGUCAAUGUAUUUCUCUGUGACAACUAACCGGUGCGCUGCCAUGGAGAGCCGCGAUGAUGGGCGCUGGUACAACUAUAACUGCAUCUUCACCGACCUGCCAUACAUCUGCAAACGUUACAUGGAGCCCCAGUUGUUUGCGGCACCAUAUGGCUUUGGAGUUUUGGACAAAACGGAGAAACUGGCACUGGAGAUCGUCACCAAUAUGGUCAUUUCGGGAAAGGUCGUGCCCAAAACAGCGCUCAACAUAACUGUGACCAAUGGACUGUCCUGUUCAUCUCGUGGUGUCAACUGCUCACGCGCAUUGGAGAUUCAACGUUACAAGGGUGGAAGGGAUUUGCAAUUGGCGAAGCUGGUUGGAGAUCUGGAGGAGGGCAGAGUCAUCAUCAUCAAAGGACGUGUCCAUCAGAACGCAACACGUUUUAACAUCAGUUUCGUGAGCAAUGGCGGCAAUAUUCCGCUGCACAUGAGUGCUCGCUUCAACUUUUUAACAGAUGUGAAUGUGCUGGUGAUGAACUCUUACCUGUCCCGCAAGUGGGGCAAGCAGGAGCGCAAGACUGGAACCUCCUUCCCUUUUGGACCAGGCCAGUUCUUUGAGAUGAUCAUCACGUGUACUGCCAAAUUCUUCAACAUGACCAUCAACGGCGACGUCCACCUGAGAUACAAGUACCGAGCUCCCGUGGCCAAGAUCGAACGUCUGGGAGCCAAGGGCAACGUGACAUUGAUUGAAAUCAGGCAGAUUUGACACACAAAGGCCUUGAACAUGAUCCGAGCUGCCACCUACUCUAUUGAUUAGCUCAAGUUAAGGUAUAAGUUAAUUAAGGUAUAAGUUAGGUAUUAUAAAGGAUAAGUUUUCUUUGUUUUUUGUAGGUAUAAGUUUCCUAUGUUCGAUGGACCCCACUUAUUUAACUACAGUGCUUUUUGGGGAAUUAUAUUAAGCAGCUAAAGGAGGCCAUUUUGUCUUGUACCACCAUGACAUCAUGCUCGGG